AUAAAGCGGCAUUCUGGGUAACGUAUGUCGCGUCCCCGUCCGCUUCUCCUUGCAUCACUCUCGUUCAUCAUCGCGCGACAUUGUGCGACGUUAUGUGAUUCGUGACAACAGACGAGGGCCGAGCGUGAGAGAACGUGGUGUGUGGGGAGAGCGAGCGAGCGAGCGAGCGCGCAGUGAGCGGAGUACGCGGAUCGGCGAGCGUUUAGUCCCGAUCGAGAUUUCUAUUAAAACGUUUCACGUUCCGAUUCCCCUUCAAUCCCACUUCUCGCCCCGUUGGCUAGGAACGUUAGGCUGCCGAGGAGCGGAUCGUGAGUAUACGGGGCCGCCGAGAUAUUUGCGCGAAUCCGUGAGUAUUCCGCGGAUAUCCUGCCGUCGUCGCCCGUGCCGUCGCCGCCAUCCAGCCUUGGACGCCUCUCCGAGCGUUUCUCCACCCGAGAGCCCGCGUGCCACGCGCCCCACCGAGGAUGAUCAACCUAACAGUCAAGACCUUGGACUCGCAGAAUCACGUCUUCGCCCUGGAAGACGACCAAAUCACGGUACGCGGCUUUAAAGAGCACAUAGCAGAGUCCGUCGCGGUACCGGCCGAUUCGCAGAGGUUGAUUUAUUGCGGACGGGUGCUUCAAGACGAGAAGAAAUUAAAUGAUUAUGAUGUCAAUGGAAAAGUCAUACACCUGGUGCAACGCGCGCCACCCCAGCCGGGCCAGCAUGGGAAUGACGGCGGGCAGAGUCAGGGGCAGAGGCAGGGCUGGCAGAAUUCGCAGAGGCCGCAUUAUCGGGUCACGCGCACCCAGAUGCAUGGAAACGCAAUGUACCUAGGCGCCAUGUCCGUGCCUGCGGAGAUCGUUGAAGGCCAUGGCAUACCGCAGUUGAGCAACAGUCUAUCCGGUAGUAGACUAAAUCAUGCCGGUCGAAUGCUCGAUCGUAUCAACGAGUUGAUCGAUCGGCUGGACGAUCCCAGCGCUCCCCCUCUGCAUCCGCCUCCGGAGCUCAACCAGUCAACGGCGCAGCAGCAACAGCAGCAGCAGCAGCAGCAAUCGCAGGAAUCAGAAAUUGAACACGAGAACAACGACGUUUCCAGAGACGAUGGUGCUAGGCUUGCCGAGGCAGCUGCAGUCGCCAUCACGGCCGCGUUGUCAGCUGCUGGAGCACGCGCAGUUGCAUUGGCCAGAGACGUAGAUACUCGACGAUAUUUCGAAAGCAGUUACAGCAGUGGAAAUGCGAGAGCCUCGAGCGAUGCGAACGAGCAUCAGGGCGACACGCACUCCCAUUCGGAGUCCCAAUCGCAGUCUCAGUCGCAGUCUCAAUCGCAGUCUCAAUCUCAGUCUCAAUCGCAGUCCCGAUCGCAUUCACAAUCGCAGUCACAAUCCCAACAACAGCAACAGCAAACACAAGCGGGUACAGAGAUGGGAGCUACGUCGAGCAAUGCUGGUCAAAACAGACGAGCUCAACAGCAGGAUCUCCCGCGACCUCCGCAAAUGGCAGAAUUGUUGCAAAGAUUGUGCAGCACUCAGGACCGGCUGCGGCCGUACUUGGACCGUUAUUGCAUGCUUACACUUCUCGAUCCUUCGCUACCGCCCGGGCCCGGACCGAAUACCGUGGAGGAGAGUCAGAGAGUAGUGGAUGGAGUCAGUGAGAUUCUCCACCUUAUGUCACAUAGCUGUCACGCGCUCAGCGAUAUUAUUAUUGAUAUGAGUCAACCGCCACCUAGAAACUUGCGAUGCAGGCCAAUAAUAGUACAGCACUCGGCCAUUCUACAGCCUGGUAUACCGAUCCAGGUAGAGGCUCAUAUCAGUUUGAACGGGCGUAGCGCUAACAAUAACAACAGCAACGACGAGGCAACAGAGUCUGGUAAUCAGGCGCAAUCGGACAGCGCGAGAUCGACAAGUUCGUCGCGCGUUAAUACCGAGGAGAGUAAUCAAGAGCGAGAGUCCAGCGACAGUGCGCAGCCGCAGGCAGAACGGUCGCAGCAAGAGCAGGGCCAAUCGCCCUUCGAUACGGUAUUCAAUUUGCCGAACAAUGUUGAGGUGCUGAUGGAAGUUAGUUCCGAGAGCAACAUAGAUGCCGGAUCGAGCAACGAGCAGAGCGCAUCGGGCAAUGAAAACAAUAACAACGCUCGCAGGACAAACGUAUUCCCGUUCGGCACGCCACCGCCGCCGUAUUUCAUGCGUAACUUUAUGCAAGCCGUUGCCGGACACAUGGUGCACGGCGGUAUCACCACCACGACUAUAAGCACGAGGAAUCCACCCGCUACUACUGCAAGCGCGCAACAAAGUGUCUCUUCGUCGAUGGACAGUGGCAGCACGAAUGCUGGUCAAAGCACUCAAGCACGGAGCAAUACCGGUACUCAUCCUACCACGUCCACGCAAACUCGAAGCACAUCGCGACCGCACGUGUUCCAUCAUCACGGACAUCCGAUGGGCCUCGGCAUGAGUAUCGGGCUGGGCCUCGAUUUCGAUCCCUACCUUCCGUGCAACUCGCACCACGUGUACCGCUCCCCGAGCACCGCGUCCAACGCCGCGACCGGCGUGUCGACCUCUUCGCAAACAACGCGCACGGCGUCGACAGUUACGGCGGACGCUCAGAAUCAGACGAGUCAAACCGCAACGACUUCGACCACGACCAGUGCCACUUCCACGAACGCGACGUCGGCGACGAGUGCAGAAACGGCCACCAAUAAUCCCUUCGUGAAUUUAUUGCAGCAGAUAUUGAGCCAGUCGGCGGGCGGUCAGUCGCAGCCCAUCAGCAUCAAUACUAACACUCCAAAUUUGAUGCAAAGUAUCGGGAAUGUGAUGCAGAUGCUUGGUAACAACAUACACGUAGGAUUUUUGAGCGAUAGCUCAAUCGGAAAUACUCCUACAUUGGCCGAUCUGUUCGAGGGUGGAGGUCUGUCUAUGGAUCUCUUCACGUCGCACGAACCCGGCAGAGAGGAGAACUUCCUCGUUGACCUCUUCGUAUUGCUGGCACAAUCUAUGUCUCUGGACGGAUUGAUUAGAGUACGUCUCGGUCAAUGGGGGCCCAUCGCUCGUCUUCGAAGACCGUUGCAAGAGUUCCUGCAAUACACAUUCUCGAGCGCCUCGUCACCGGAUGCCCUUCAGGAGCAAGCGACCGAGCGUUUAGUUUCUCAACUACGACCUCACAUUCAGAAUCUUCUGGCGUCCGAGGAGGACACCAACGGCAGGAGUGGGUCUCGCGUCGACAUUUGCGCGACCAUCGAAUCGUUGAUUUCCCGCCACGCAAGAGAUAUAGUUAGAAUUUUAUUCGACACCGGAAUCGACGACGCGAGGUUCGGACAGGACAUACUGAACAUCCUAAUUAAUAUGUGUGGCCAAAUCUGUACAGUACUUCGGUACUCGCUACGCGGCGGCCAAGCUGGUUUGGAGGCGAUCGCCACGCGUUUUAUGCGUGACUUGCUGGACGGUGGCAAUCCCGCUCUUCUUCAGUGGGUACUGAAUGGAUUUAUCACCCAUCUUCGUACUUACUUUUUGUGCGUACCACAACCCCCGGAUUCGGAGAUCAUACCGCUUUUGGUGUACAGGGACGCCUCGUCCCAAUCGUCGUCGGUGUCCUCGGCUCCGACCCGCCAGUCCACACAAGCGCAACCGGAGGAUGAGCCGAUGGAAACCGAGACUCUAGAACAGCAACAACCACAGCAACAGCAACAACAACCAGCACGCGAAAGUUCGAUACCUGAGGAUCGAGAAGAAAUCCCGGAAACAUUCCCUGGCCACGAAGCUUUACCUUCGGAUUGGGUGCCAAUUAUCGCUCGCGACGGUGUGAGACAACGCAGGCAGUUGCAGAUGCAGGGCGUAACGCCGAACAGCGGCGUGACGACGUUCAGCGACGCCUACCUGGGCGGUCUACCGAGCAAACGUCGCAAGCUGAUCGAACAGCAGAAACCGCGGUUACUAGUUAGCCCUACGCCGAAUCAUCACUCGACGAUAGCAGCGUCGAUGGAACGGCUGGUCAGGGAGGGAGUCGGUCGUGCCGGUGUCGAGGAGGUCGAGGGCGCCGCCGUGGCUGUCGCGGCGGAUCCCGCUGUGCGUCGCGCGUUCGGCCAGGCGAUCAGGGACUGCUUAAAUCCGUGCCGGUACGGCACGCCGGACUUUCCGGACCCGCUGCGCUUCCCGAACGCGACCAAAUAUUUCGCGGAUCAGGAGCGCCCGCCGAAAUAAUAGCCAGCGGCAGGCACGUAACAUCUGAUUUGUGCUAACAGCUUAAAAGAAAUACGUUAGGUAGAAUUGAGGAAUAGAAGAAGACUAUUGUCCUGAGAAUCGAUGCACAAGUAGCCAUUCGGUCUCACGUGGACAAUUCCGUAAUGAAAAGGAAAUAUAUUUUUUUCUUUUUCUCUUAAUUGAGAGGGAAAGAACAAAUAUAGGGUAUAAUUAAAAUAAGAUAGUAAAUUUAUGGAAAGGGGGGAGGGGAGGCGAAUCCCACAUCAAAAUACACAUGAAAAAAAGUUUGUAUGAACAUACGUCCGUACCGUUACUGAAAUUCAGCUGAAAAUAUUAAUGGAAAGUAAAAAAGUGAUGUUUAUUAUAUUUAGUAUUAUUUAUUUUCAGUUUCUGAACAAUUAUUGUAAUUAAAAAUAAAAAAAUUAAUAAUGUUAAAUAAUGUUAAAUAUUACUUUUUCAUUUUCCAUUAAUAAACAUUGCAUCUCCGGCUAUUAGCUGUACCUCAAUAGUAAUGGUGGACUUGCGGGCAUAUAUUCACACAAACUUUUUCUCAUUGUGUUUUGUGUGGAAAGCUCGCCCCGAAGUCCGUUAUUUUAAUUAUACCCUAUAUUUCUGUAUAUUUCUAACUGGCUGAUCGGCACGGUGCAGAUGUAUCUACAUGUUAUCCAUAUGCUCAUAUCAAUAUCUGCUUCAAAUAGAAUCACACUUUGACAGAACUAUUCUUCGGAUUAAGUUCACAACUUUAAGUGAGACAUUUAGGAUCUCCCUUAAAUCGAAUUUUUCAUCGAGUGUCAAGUUUUGCGAAAAUUGACAGUUUUUUAAAAGAAAAUUAAAUUACGAGUUUUGCGAAAAACUCCAAUUUCCUCUGAAGGGACACGAAUAUACCCUGUAUAUAUACAUAUGCAUGUAAAAAUUGUUAACUGCGCACCCAUUUAUGAUUUUUACACAUACGCACUUGCUGUGAUUGUCUUCUUCGUUUGCGUAAAAUAUUUUCCUUCUAGUUUCUCUUUCUCUAUUGAAUAAGCUGUUCCAAAUUGUAGUGACUUUGGGACAAUCGUAGGAAAAGUAUAGAUCGAAUUUUGGUACGUCUUUCCUUUCGUGGUUAGGUUAGGUCACAACACGCGUACGAUAAAUAUUACAUUUUGUAAGCGGUGGCGUUGUAAGUUUUGGAGAAAGUUUUAUCGCGUCUCAUGCAGAUAACAUUAAUUGAUUUCUUUCAAGAUUCGAUCACUCGAGGACGUUUUCGGGGUCUUUUUACGACGCAUAUUCUAUGUGCGAGUCACACACGACGAGAACAACAGGUAAAUUGAUCGCAUACGAUUUAUGAUUAUGAUAACGUGCUAUAUGUGAAGUAUGUUUAAUCGUUCUAAUAACCAAACAAGAGAGAGAGUUGUGUACGGUGAAAAAAAAGAAAAAAAAACCAAUAAAGUUGUGUAUUCCUUUUC